AUGGGCCGCACUGUUCGACUUGCUAAUGGAGGAAGAGCUCACCUACCCGGAUGGUUCCGCGCAAAUCGUGUUCAACUGGUUUCAGCUCCUCCAUACAGCCCCGAUUUGAAUGUUAUUGAACACCUAUGGGCGUUUAUCAAGACGAAACUCAAGGGAAGACGGUUUAACUCUAAGGCGGAUCUUUGGUACUUCGUACGGCGAGUUUGGGCGACAAUUGCGCCACAAAUUUUACGCGAUCUAGUUGACAGUAUGCCCCGGAGGCUCCAAGCGGUCAUUGCAGCUAAAGGCGGACCUACAAAAUAU